AGCAACACCACUGUUGUAAAAUGUGAUCACGGUCCCCUCAAACAUGAAUGUAACAUUCACAAAUCAAUUUGUUCAAGCGCAGGCUCCAGGUGGGGGUCAACCUGUGCUUCAACAGCCUCAGGGUCAUCUCAGAUCACCUCAGGGUCAGCAUGGACAAAUCUUUUCUCAAGCUCCAAAGCAGAACCAGUACGUAUUUACUCAACCUCAAGGACAGACCAUUAUUGCUCCCUCUCAAGUCCGCCCAAUUUCAGCAAAUGCUCAAGAACAAAUUUUAUUUGCUCAAGAAGGACUAAAAAAUUCCGUCUUAUUCCAAUCUGCAGAGCAACCCCAACUCCAAUACAUUUCAACACAAGGUUACAACCAAUCAGUUUUCCAAGUCCAAGGACAAGAUCCCAAUCACCCCGUCUUUGUUCAAACCCAAGGACAUGAUCCAAAACAACCAUUCUUUGUCCAAAACCAAGGGCAUAAUCAAAAUCAACCCGUCUUUGUUCAAACCCAAGGACAUGAUCCAAAACACCCAUUCUUUGUCCAAAACCAAGGGCAUAAUCAAAAUCAACCCGUCUUUGUUCAAACCCAAGGACGUAAUCCCAAUCAACCUGUCCUUGAUCAAUCUCAAGGAUAUGUUGGUCCCAUUUUUGAUCCAUCACAAAGACAAUACAUACAAGGACAAAGAAAUAUGGACAUUGACAUUGCUCAAAAUAAAAACUGUUACAGUCAGUAUUCAUCUUUAUCUCCAUUCCAGCAUAUUUCCUAUCUUCCCAAUCAACAUAUUGCUCAAGAUGGUGGAGUUGUUAGCGGACAGGCACCAAUCCCUGGUCCUAAAAUGGUUAACACCUCCCAUUCCAACAUGUUACAGAACUCAGCCUUGCAACCAUACACUUACCAGUCUGAAGACUUCACAGGCAAAAUUGCCGAGGUAAAUUCAAAUUCAGAAUCUGGCAUAGCUGACCAUAGUUCACAUGAAGUUAAGGGAACAGGUGUCCUGGUAUCUUCAUCUUCAAAUAAUUCUCAAUAUCAGAUUUUUUAUCAGAAUCCUGGCACAGUACAAUUUGCUCCGGAGAAUCAAUCCUUUCCAAACCUGAUUCAGAAGAACCAUGAUCCUCUUAGUCAUUCCAUUUCCUCAUCUGCGGUGCCAUCUCUAACCCAAAGUUAUCUAUCAGUGUCUCACCACGCAUCCCAGUUAAAUGUUGAGUCUAACUAUACCCAGAGCCAGGUUCAAACUGUUCCAAUACAGCAUCAUUCUUCUAACUCCUACCAACCUUCAGUCUCUAGUUCAAAUCCUGUAAAUAAAACUGGUACUAGUACAGAUAAUUUUCAAACCAGAGCUAAACUGUAUACACAUGUAGCCAUCCAAAACUCUUUGCAACAAACCUCUUACAAUGGAGCUCUCUAUCCAUCCAAUCCUUUUAAUGCUCCAGGAGUCGGGCAUAAAUAUCAUUUGGAACAGGGUCAAUCUUUGCGUGAAGCUCAAUGCAGUUCCAGUGGGGAGUUGAACCCUGAGACCUCUUUGUCUUAUGAGAGAACCUAUUCUUUACCUCAAUAUGUUCCAGCUCAUAAUUCUCUGGUUUCAGCUCAGGUAUCGACUCUUCCCUUUUCCAAUCCUGAUCCAAGUUCUCCCAGGCUACAAAGUUAUGUGGAUAUCAAUCAUCCUCUUCUUCCAAGCUAUAUUUUAAAUCAACCUAAAUCAUCUGAUACUCAGCAGUUGUCUCUAACUCCAACGCCCAGUGAUAAUCAAGUACCUGUCAAUCAAUCAAUCAACGACUCCCAUGAGGAUUCUGAAGCAUACUCUGCUGAGGAGUCCCCAGGCUACCAAUCUGAAGACUCAGGUCCAGUCUCUGAAUUACCUGAUGAAAAGGAUGAUAACGAAACAGAAGGGAUUCCCUACCCUUCUCAAGAUGUCAUUGAACCUUCUUCGCCUUCCAGUCUCAGAAGAGCAUUUGAAGAAAGAUCCCAAAGCUAUUUCAUGUCAGAACAUCAAGAAGGGCAUUAUUCUCUUGCUUCUUCAUCAAGAAAUCCAUCCGAAGAAUCUGAUCUUGUUGAUGCUGAUAACGCAAAUACCAUUCAUGCUAACACUGGCAAUGACCAAGAAGCUGCUUCAAGCAAUCUUCAAGAACCCAACACUACUCAAGAAGUUGUCUCCGAAAAUAUCCAGCAACGUGGAUCAGACAAUUUACCUGAAAUUCCAAUCCAAAGUGCUGUCAUGGAUAUUCCUGAUCUCAGACAAGAGUUUCUUAACAACCAGAUGCUGCCUCUACCUGGACAAUUUGUUGUUCUGCCACCUCUAACAGAAGACCGUAGUAUUCAAACUAUCCAGCUUCUCACACCUACACAACAAGGACAGUUCUCUGUACAAACUAUAGUGUUACCAAUCAUGAAGUUAAAUCAAACUUCCUCUACUCCAACCCUGAAACCGUCCUAUCCUUCUCCGGUUUUACCAUCUCCUUCCUCCAACCCUUCUUCCUCAGAUACACCUGUACCUGUCUCCUGCCAGACAAAUCAGUUCUAUCCUCCAACUAAACCUCAAUUGACUGUUAAAGCAGAACGGGAUUUUUCUGAUCCGUUUGUUAUCAGGUCAGAUGACGACGAUGUUCUGCUGAACCAAGUUGAUGAGACCGGAUUACCGAAGGUUAUGCAAGGAAUUGAUCUUGAUCGUGUUAAACAGUUUGCUGCUGAGUUCAAGUCUGUAAGACUUAGUUUAGGAUUAACACAGACACAGGUUGGUUUAGCACUGCAGCCUGGUGUGGAUGGUCCAGUAGUAUCCCAGUCUACCAUCUGUAGGUUCGAGAAACUAGAGAUUACUGCUCUGCAGGUAAAGAAACUGUUGCCAAUUCUGCAGAGUUGGUUGUGUAAUAUCAAGCAGAAACAAAGCCUGGGAAUACCAAUAGAUAUUUCAUCUUCUCAUCACAUUCCUCAGGACGGACAGGAGCAAAAGCGAAGAAAAAAAAGAACAGUAUUCUCGGAAGAGACUGUAUCAGUUCUUAACCAGGAGUUCUCGUCAGACCAGAACCCUAACCUUGCAAAGAUUAUACAAAUUGCAGCCAAGGUUGGGUUGGAGAAGAGCACGGUUCGGGUUUGGUUCUCCAAUAGGAGACAAACAGAGCGUAAACUCCAACAGGAGCUAGAAGGGGGAGGAGAGUUGGAUCGGAAACAAAACUACGAUAAAGACGAAGUAUUUUCAACUUAUAAAAAUACAAAUAGCAACAGUUAGGAAAAUGGAAAGACUGAUUUUCUGAAUUCUAAACCUAUUAUGAACCAAUUUUGAAACAAUUCCACGUUUUUUGCAUGCCAUUUUCUGAACUGGUUGGAUAUAAAAUAUUCAGACCCUUUUUUAUUUAUCAGACCAAAGUUUCUAAACUUCCUUGAUUGUUUUUAAUUGUUAAGGAAUCGGGCAAAGCCCAUUAAAAAUAUGUGUCCUUAUAUCUCAAAAUGAAUCACUAAGAACUUAACAAAUGUGUCAUAGGCGCGGCAUAACCUAACUUGCGCUUGUAAAAUAUUAUUUGAUCUUAAAUGUGCUGUCGCGGUCGUUGUAAUUUUAUGGUACCCUUAAAACUUUUUGUAUGAGCGUGUUUAAUUUUAUCAAGUUCUUCCAUUGUCUCUUAAGCAGGAAUGUGCAAGUUACUUAAAAAAUGAAACCACACAAAAAAAUCAACUAUUAAAGUUAAAUGAUGGAUUAAUACAUUCUUGUUCAGAGAAAGCUUUCAAGGGUUCUUAUGUAAAUCGGACAUGCCACUUUAAAAAUGGAGGGUCAAUAAAAGUUAUGUUUACGUCUAAACCUUCUUAAUGUAACUUUGUAAUGUAUUUCUGUACUGUACCAAUUUUACACUUUGUACAUAUUGAGUUGAUAGAUCUAAUCUAUUUCUGUUAUUAAAGUUAACUUGUUAAUUUAUAACGUGCUAACUUAACAUUACAAAAGAAAACAGUUUGUGCUGUAAAGAACAUUUAACACCUUACAACUAAAAAAACAAUUUGUGCAACGAUUGACCCUAAAACUUGCACAAUGGGUUUUUCAAGACAAAGGUAUUUGUGCUUAUGUUUUUUUCCACUUUUAAAGUUAAUUCUGUUAAAUCAGGCAUGUAUUAUUGUUUUUUCCGCAGCCUUUGCCCAAAAUUCGUUUUGUACAAAGGUAAGCGAUUAUAUCAAUACAAUGAAGACGACUUUCGAUUUCAAUUUUGAUUUAAAUCAAGCUCUUGAUAUAUCUUGUAAAUAAAAAAGGUUCUGUUUGAUUACUUGCUAACUUGUAAUUCAAAAAAAACUUGUAAACAACCAAAACUUAAAUAAGAAGUCGUCUUAAUUGUGUUGAUAUAUUCGUUUAGCACUGUACUAUAAACAAACGUUAAAUUGUCGAGCUUUUAUCAGUAUAAAAUAUUGGUGUAAUUAUAUCCCAACGAUUAAAAUUAUUUUGAAUACAUUUUAUAUCAUUUUUUAGAUCUCAACGAAACAUUUUGUUCUCUAUUUUCUUAAAAAGAUUUUUUUGGCGUUUUAAACAAAAUUUACAUUGAUGGAAAUCCAGGAUUUAAAUGAUGUUUAAGAAUUGUAAAUAUUAAGAUGUAAAUAUGUAGAUUACAAAUAUUAAAACAUCUAUUGAUGAAUUUUUGUAAAAUAUUGAAACAAAAAUAUGUAAACAUGUGAGCAAGCAAACAAAACAUGUUUGUAUGCCUGGACAACUUUAAACUUGUAAACUUGUUUGUAUAUUUGUAAACAUGUAAACCUAUGAACCUGUAAACUGUAAACUACCUGGUGAAAUGUACUUGAAUAUAUAGCGUUAAUUUA